AUGGGGGAGGAGCUGUUUUGGGCGAUAAGGGGCGGGGGAGCAGCGAGUUUUGGGGUGGUGACGGCGUUCAAGAUCAAGUUGGUGGAUGUUCCUCCGGUUGUGACUGCGUUUAAUGUUUUCAGAAAUUUGCGUCAGAACGCUACCGAACUUGUGGCAAGGUGGCAAGAAAUCGCGCACAAGUUCGACGACAACCUCUUCAUCAGGCUAGUAAUCCAAAGAACAACAGACAACGGUCAGCCCAGCAUCCAAGUUCUCUUCAACUCCCUCUUCCUCGGGGACAAAAACCAGCUCCUCUCCGUCGUGGCCACCGCCUUCCCUGAGCUCGGCCUCGCCGCCUCCGACUGCACCGAGAUGAACUGGCUCCAACAAGUCCUCUUCUUCAACUCCAUGCCCCUCAACAACCCCCAAGCCCUCCUCACUAGAACACGCUCCUCCAACAACUCCUUCAAAGCCAAGUCAGACUUCGUCACAACGCCAAUUAACGCACGAAACCUAGAGAAGAUAUGGAAGUUUAUAAUGGCUCCUCAAGACCAGCCCUUGGUUUUGAUUUUAGAGCCUUUCGGCGGUCGAAUGGAUCAGAUACCCCCCUCUGCGACGCCCUUCCCGUAUCGACGAGGGUUUUUGUACAAUAUACAGUAUGAUAUGAACUGGGCAGACUCAUCAGAGACGCAGAAGCAUUUGCAGUGGAUGAAGGAUCUGUACAGUUUCAUGACUCCUUUUGUGACCAAGAACCCAAGGGGGGCUUAUUAUAACUACAAGGACUUGGAUCUGGGGAGGAACGAGGAUGGAGAGGAGGCGAGCUAUGAAAAAGCGAGGGUUUGGGGGGAGAAGUAUUUUGGAGGGAAUUUUAAGAGGUUGGCUAUUGUCAAGGGUAAGGUUGAUCCUCAGAACUUCUUUAGGAAUGAGCAGAGUAUUCCACCUCUUUUCGCUUGAGCUAGGAUGCAUACGUACGUACGUGCACACUGACGAUAUAUAUCCAUGUAUAUAUAGCCGGCCAAAUGAAUGUAUCACAGGAUUGUUGAACAAAUUUUCA